AUGACUUCCUCGCUGAACUCUUCAGUCUCAUCCCUAAAGUCAUCACUGCAGCUCCUCGACAAUUCUAUCGCGACUCUCGAUUCUGGCGUCAAUGACUUCCCCCGCCUUUGCAAGGUCCUCCAGACGACACGGCACUUUGAACUUCUCCCUGAACCCACUCUGCGCGAGGCGCAACAAUCUCUCCUUGAUGAGAUUACCCCGAGCAUCGCGCACCUCCUAUCGCUCGCAUCAAACCAUGUCGAAAAACUCGCACGCCGCGAACAAAGCCUAAAGGCAAAAUGUGAUUUGCAGGAGGGGCGACUCGCCUCCAACUCGGAAAAUAGAUCUUCUAGCACUCGCUCCCAGGGUCAGAGUGGCGCGGCCGCGCGAGGUCGUUUUGCAGGGUCGAGCAGUGGCUCCUCAAGUGGCGCUGCCUCGAGAGCAGUAGAGCUACGGCGAUUGAUGCAGAAAAAAGAACGCCUGAAGUACGCUGUUGAUCGAUUGGAGUUACAAAGCACCCAGAGAGAACGACAGCUGAGAAAGAGCAUGGCCGCGCAGUGA